CAACAGAUUCUGCUCGAGAGCGAUCACCAAGCAUACUUAAGGACAACACUCGGACCUCUACUUGAAGGCUACAGAGGGGCUUAUACGAUCAUAUCCACAACGGCGGCUCUCGACCUUGCGGGAGCUCGACUCCGAGGCAACGUGCCCCAUUGUCUCGGAGACCAACUUCUACGAAGGAUAGAAAGAGACAAACGCUGGCUCAGCGACGGUGCUGUUUCCGCCGGAAUAUUCGAUAUCGCUUCGUCCUCGGCUGUCGAGAAGGAUAAUGACACGACGCCGGAAAAUGAUACGAUGGAAGACGCCGUGUUAGGGCCUCAGUAUGCGAGCACCCUGAGAAUCGCCGUCAUUGGCACCAUGCUCGUCCUGUCUCUCGUCGGUAACUCGUUCGUCUGCUACCGGCUUCUGACGUCCCGACGCCAGCGACUGCUCAAGACGCAAGUCCUGUUUCUCAACUUGGCCCUUGCCGACCUCUUGGUCACUCUGGUCACAAUGAACACGCAGCUGCUCUGGGAGAUCGUGGGACGCGUGUGGGUCGCCGGUGACAUACCUUGCCGCGUGUUCAAGGUGCUGCAGACGUACGCGCUCGUCUCGUCCACGUACAUGCUGGUGGGCAUCGCCGUCGAUCGCCAUUUCGCCAUCUGCAGUCCACUGACACCGGCACCCAAGCCUCGGCUGGUGGCCGCAACCUGCUGGCUGCUCUCUUUAGUAUCAUCCGUGCCAAACCUGUUCGCUUUCCGUCUCGUAGCAGUUCGGGAGAAAAAUUACUGCUCCUCGGUCUUUUACGUGUAUCGCGACUACCCCGCUGUGCGACAAAUCUACAUGGCCUUCAUCUUCGCUCUCGUGUUUGUCCUCCCGCUCGUGGCGCUGGUCGGGCUUUACGCGAGCGUACUGCUCCGCUUGUGGAAGCUCGCUGCCGUCGCCACGCCGCAGUCAUUGCGAGCACGGCGCGUCGUAAACUCCCCAGGCCGCAAUCCGGACCGCAGCACGCUGCCGAAAGUGCGCGUCCGAACACUGAAGAUGGCGGCAGUUAUAUCCUUGGCGUUCUUGGUGACCAAUCUUCCGUACAUGGUGCAGGAGAUGCUGUUGGCCUUCUGGCCCCACGUAUCGCUCGGACCACACGCGGUCGCGGUGUUCGGCGUCAUCUCGGCUUCCAACAGCGCCGUCAACCCGUACAUCUACCUCGCGUUCAACGGAGGCUCGGGCUCGACCGUGUGCGGAGCGCGCGUGCGCGGCGUCUGGCGUCGCCUGACGCGCUCCUCGGCUUCGAAGCGAAGCACCGUCUCGUUUAGGACGCAGUGGACAACGCUCAAGGUACCCGAUAAUAAGGGAGCACUGGCGACAGCAGAGCUGCCUCUUGCCCAGGAUCUUGAAAACUGUGAAAUGCAGGACAAGGCGGGAGAGAAAGUUUAAUCGAAGUUAUUGGGAAGGAGCCUGCUCGAGUGAACGUAGGAUCGGCUGGCGAUGAUAAAGACGAAAACAACAGUUGUCAUGGUGAUAUUAAAGGGGGUGUAAGCUAACCGCUUACAUAAUUAAAAAAACGUUUAAGGCUGGCCGUUAACCAAACUGCAUGAUCGGCCGACGUGGGAUAGCCCGGAUAAAUAUCCGACUUGGCACCCGUUGUGUCUAAGCACAACGGUACA